AUGGCCCCUUAUUUAGCUAAAACUAAAGCGGGUCAGUCGGGUUACAACUUGCAGGUUGUCAAAAGUGUAGAAAUGGGUCACAGUGUGUACCUUAGGAUGAAUGGAGGACUCAAGCUCCAUGCAUCCGGUUAUGACCCAUUUGGCUCGUUUUCUUAUGGGUCAGCUUUGGAUGACUUCGAUUUUAAGCCAUUUGAACUAGAAAAUGGUUGUGGAAUGAUGCAGAAUAAUAUUGCUCAUGGGUGUUUGACCCAUAUGGGAAAAAGUUUUGUAAGUAUAUCCGAAUUGGACCAUUUUGUGCAAGAUGGUGGCCUGACCCAUGACCCUCAACCAGUAGGUUUACUCAUAGCGGAUGAAGGGUCAUGCGUGACACGUGAAAAUGGAAUAAGGAAAACUAAUGGAAAUCCAUGUAAAGCAAUUCAGAAGACAUAUUCAUCAAAGGGUCAAUGGACUAAAGAAGAAGAUAGGGUUUUGAAGAAAAUGGUGGAAAAGCAUGGGAGAAAAUGGUCAUAUAUUGCUCAAAAGCUAAAAGGAAGAAUUGGAAAGCAAUGUAGAGAAAAGUGGCACAAUCAUCUCAAGCCUGAUAUCAAGAAGGAUAUAUGGACAGAAGAGGAAGACAGAAUAUUAAUCACAACCCAUGCUGAAAUUGGCAACAGAUGGUCCGAAAUAGCAAAGAAACUGCCUGGUCGAACCGAGAACUCCAUCAAAAACCAUUGGAACGCGACUAAGAGAAGACAAUACACCAAGCGAAAAUGUCGAUCCAAGUGGCCUAAACCAAGUGCAAUCCUCCAAAACUACAUUAAGAACUUAAACUUGCCAAGACGGGAACCAUCUACAGAAAAUAAUAAGCUUACUAAGCCAUUGUCAUCAUUGCUCAAAAACAACCUCGGUCCUUGCUUGAGUGAUGGGCUGGUGCCAGAUUUUGAUUUCAACAAGGUGCCCGAAUUUGCACUUGAUCAAAAGUUGCUUGAAGAUGAUAACAUGGAGUCGUUGCUCGAUGAUAUACCAUCACUCUACUUUGGUGAGGACUGGGGACAAUAAGAAGCUAGAUUUGAUGGAGAUGACAUCCCAAGUCUGAUUUUAGCUAUCUUUGGUUACUAUAUAUAUAUAAUAUACACACACACACACACACACACACACAUUUAGCUAUCAUAUAUAAAUAAAGAGGACUGUCUACUGGGAUAUUUGAUGUGAAAUAAAGAUACAUAUCCUACUGCAUAAAAA